GUUUGGUAUAUUUCUGCGGUAUAUUCAACGAUACUUCCGCGGCCACACUGCUGUAUAUACAAAAUUCAUUGAUUUUGUCAACGUAAAAAAACAGAGCCAGCGCAUAGCAGCACACAGAAGCGAAAUAUUAAAGUGAAGUUAACUGAAUUAGAAACGCUGGUGGAAAUGGUAGCAGCAAUGAAAUCGAUGUGAACAAACUGGGCCGCGAGUAGCUGCACUGCCAAUCAGAACUCUGCUCCCAAUCAGAAGAAGAGAGGGAGAAGCGCGAGAGAAAAAGGCAUACGGGUGCAAAAGGAAAAGCAAAAGGCAGAAAAAAACGUACAGAGCAAUAGCAAAAGCGGGGAAAAAUGCAAUAGGGAGAGAAUCAAAUAAAAUGACAAUCGUUUUUCCACACUAACGUAGACGCAAAAGGCGCCGCGGCCGGCCGUAAAAUGCCAAGGAACACUUGCGGGACAAGUGGAUGCGUAGCUAACGGUAACGGCAACGACAACGACAACGAUGACAACGGUAACGGUAACCAGGACGACAACCAAGAAGCCAGCAACGAGAGCGGGGGUGUCGGCAUCGUCAAGCAGGAGUUCGAGGCAGCGCCACCCGUCUGCCACAGGAAGUCGGAGCGCCGAAGAGUAGCCCGCGACAUCUUUCUGGUCUUCGAGGAGCAGCCGACCCGACGUCGUGGCAAGGGUGCACGCGGCAAGAACUCGCGGGCCAAGCGAAAGUUUGGCCACCUCAAGGUAGCCAAUCCCCCGCGCAUCAACAAGAACAUAUUGCGUGAGAUCAAAACAGAACCAAAGUGCAGCAGCUCCGUUGUGGCAGAGCCAGUGACAGUGGUGCCACCUGCAGUGCCGCCACUGCCGCUAGCUCCAGCGCCGCCUUUUGCCGCCCUGCUGCCUGUAGCUGAGGGGAUCAAGCAGCCAGCCAAGCCGCUACCACUCCCCCAUCCUCGAGUGGCAGCAGUGAAAAUUGAAACCAAAACAGCAGCAGCAGCAGCAGCAUCAAAUGCAUCACCAUCCAGAGCCCGAACAGAGCCGGCUCCGCCCACGGAGCGGAAGGAGGAGGAGCCGCCAAUGCCUCCAGCUUCUGCCCAUCGUCCUGUUUAUGCUCGCAACCCUGCUCCAGCUCCCACUCCUGCUACCGUUCCUCCCAAUCUUCCCACUCCCCCGACGACGCCCAGCGUAAAUCCAAUUUUCCUGUGGGUCAAGCAGGACGACACCAGAAUCGUGGAGGUGCGCUGCGAGGACUACGACAAGAGGAAUCGCAUUCGCCUCACCAAGACCACAAAUGGCUGGCGAUCCAUGCCGCGCACAGAUGCCUCCUCCACGAGGAUAGUCAAAUUCUUCCACGGCUCUGCCGCACCCUUGAUGAAGGUCAAACGUGAGCAGCAAAACGAGCAGCAACACGAAACCGAACUGGAGCACGAACAGGAACAGGACGAGCAGGAGCAGGAGCCAGAACCAGAGCCAGAGCUGGAAGUGGAGCGUGAGCCACAGCAGAUGGCGGUGCCCACCAUUGCUCAGAGUCUCCUGCACGACUGGGAGGACAGUGGAACCACUCAGCUGCCCGAAGAGUUGGAGGACGAAGAAGAACUGGAUGAGGAGGAGCAGCAGCAGCAGCAGGAGGAGAAUGAGAACGACCAGCAGCAGCAUGACAAUCUGGCUGCGGUGAUUGAGGAUGUUGUGGUGCGUCCAGCUGCCCAGCAGUCCCAACGGGCAAUAACGCCCACGUCCACGCCCUGCUUUGAUGGCCUGCUUCUCGAUGGCGAGGAGACAAAUGCCUCCACGAAGGCAACCAAAACCAACACGCCCACAUAUCAGAGUUCCACGCCCUCGCCCAUGGAACUGCAGCUGUGCCCCAAAACGGGGCUGUUCCUGCCACAGGGCCAACUGGCGGCCAUGGCCAUGGCCACAGCCCCCGAGGCGGACAAGCCCUUGGCAGAUAACGGAGUAGCUGGAGGAGGUGGAGGUGCCGAUACCGUCGAGAGUCUCGAUUGCAAUACAAAGAAUCUGAAAGAUCUGCUGGACGAUGCCGAUGAUCUGCUGCAGAACUGCAGCAGCGACAAUGGCAGCAGCGGGGCCGAUCUGCUCGACUCCCUGGUGAAGCGGAGCUGCGAGGACAACCUGGUGCAGGCGACUGGCCCGGGCUCCAAUGGUGGCUCCACAGCCGUGGAGGGCGACGUCUCAACGGCCGGCGACGGUUUGGACUCGUUCUGCGUGGCCGAUUUGGGCAAGGAUCUGCCCAGCAUGCUGCACAUGGACAAUGACGAUGAUGAUGCACCCAAGUGCCUGUCCUUCAACGAGGCCGGGGAGAUCGAGGGACUGAACGGUGAACUCUUCCUCGGCAUUGCGGCCUUUGAGAAGCAGCAGGAGGAGAUGGCACGCCAGGAGCAGCCGCAGCCGGCAACGCCCGCCACCGUGGAGCUGACACAGACACCCACGCCCACACCAACACCCACGCCGACGCCACCGAUGCCAGAGAUGGAAAAACAAACGUCGGCCGCCGCCUCUGCCGAUGAGGCGCCCAAAGAUCUGAGCUACAAGAAGCGCGAGGAGGUGUGUCCGCCCUCGGAGUCGCGCAGUCAGUGUGCGGUGACCUCCAGCUCGGAUAUACUCAAGUCGCCCGAGCGAGAGCUGCAGCUGCCGGUCACCUCCAUACCAGCGGAGGUGGAGACCACCUCGGAGACGAUCAAAAAUCUCAUUCUGGAGCAAUUCCUCAAGCUGAACGGCAACCAGCAGCAGCAGGCACAGCAGGCGGAGCCCAUGGAUCUGGGCAAGGCGGGUCGGGAGGGCAAGUUGGAGACAGUCGUUGUCAUCCACGACGACGACGAGGAGGAUGGGGAGUCCAAUCAGCCGCUGAAGAAGCGACCCAAGGCCAGCAUAAAGAUGGACAAGGACCCGGAUGCCCUCACGCAGCUGAAGAUGCUGAUCAGCAAUCCGCAGUGGAAGGUGCCCGAUCCGAUACUCGUGCCUAAGGAUCGACUUGGUGCCGUGCUGGCCUCCCCCGCACGGGAGAUUCCCCUGCUGCUGACCACCAGGCCAGAGCUGCGGCUGCCAGAGGCCUUUGCCUAUCCGGAGAUCAUCCAGAACCCCAACAUCCUAGUGGUGACCAUGGAGCAGCUGGAGGCAAUACUGAAAACCGAGGCGGAACAGGCCAAGGCCGCUCAGGGUGCCGAUCCAGUGCAGAUGCUCGCCGAGCAUCAUCCGCCGUUGAGCAAGGCCAGGAGUCCGAGUCCGCGUCCGCGGCCGAGCCCCAAGCACACGCAGACACACAAGGCAGCGGCACAGGCGCCUCCGUCUCAGCCAAAGCCACCGGUGGUGGCAGCACCUGUGGCACCCACUCCACCCUCGCCUGCCGACUCCAGCCUUUCGACAUCCACACCUGCGGACCUGAAUGCCACCACCUUGGCGCUGCUGCAACAGAUGCUGUGGCUGCCCUACUUCGGACAGCUGUCGCAGGAGCUCUUCAAGACCAUCAAGGAUCCCCUGGGCAUGCAGAGGAAGUUCAUGAGCAACCUGCUGCCGCUGUACAACAGCCAGUUUGGGCUCCAGCAUCUCGACGAGCUCUACAAGCAUUGUCUCAAACAGAAGGCAGCCGGGGAGCAGCCUACAGUGUCCAGGGGGUCCACUCCAGCGGCGGCUACGUUGGCGGUCCCUCAUCCACCGCUUCCACAUCCGCCUGUAGCUGUAGCGCCGCCGGUUCCGCCCGCAACUGCAGCCACGAAUGCCUUUGGGGUCAAUGGCUUUGCCAAUCCCAUGGAGCUGGCCAUCAUGCAGAAGUUGCUGCAGCCGCAGAUGCCAAAUUUUCUCAACUGGGAGGCCACAAAGGAUGCUGCGGCUGGCUCUGGCUCAGGCUCGGCCUCAUCUUCCUCGCAUCACCAUCAUCACCAGGAGCACAAGCGGCCCCGCCGGGAUCCCGAGUCUAAGCCAAGUGCAGCUGCUGUCGCUCCACCUGCCGCUGUGCCUGCUCCAGCAGUUCCUUCUCCGGCGCCUGCUCCUGCUCCGGCUGAGCACAAGCCGCGACUGACGUGCAAGUCCCUGUCGAAUCUGCUGGAGCCCGAGCCCAUUGUACCGCUGCUCAAUGUACCCUUCGACAGCCUGCGUCGCUCAGCAGUGGCAGGGCAUGGGCCAAAGACGGGGCCGGAGCAGCAGCAGCAGGCCAAGGAGGCGAAUCCUGGACGCUUGCUGCGCUCCAGCAAGGCAUGCGUCACGUACAAUCCCCUGGAGCAUGUCAAGCAGCAGAUUCAGCAGCAGCAACAGCACUCGCAGCAGCGGAAGCGAGCCACGAGCAACAUGCUCGGCCAGGAUGCCCACCAGCAGCAGCAACAGCUGGCUGCCAGUGCGGCGGGCAUGGAUGCCAAUUCGGCCCUCUGGCAUCCCCUAUUCGGAAGCAAUCCCAAGCAGGGCUACAACAGCCCCUGGCAGUGGACGACGGUGACGGCAACUGGUGAAUGACAGUCAAGCCGGGCUCCCAAGGAGCCAGCACCUGCAUCGGUCGCACGGACAGCCAGCUACGAGGAGCAACAGCCGGACUACAGCAAUUACCAUGCGAAACUUCAGCAAUUGCAGCAGCAGCAGCAGCAGCAGCAGCAGCAGCAGCAUCAACAUCCACCAGCCAAUAAUCAAAAUCACAGCAACAGCAAUAAUAGUAGCAACAAAUUUUGUUAUCCCACGGCAUCGGCGGCGGCCAUGGAGAAUAUGUUCCAGAACAAUCAGAUGGCGGCAGCGUAUCUCUAUCAGAAGGAGAGCGGAGCAGAGGCAGCCGCCAACUAUAUGUCGGAGCAGGGCUACUGGCAGCAGCAUGCGCAGCAGCAACAACAACAGCAGCACCAACAGCAACAUGCACAGCAGCAGCAGCAGCAACUGCAACAGCAGCAGCAACAAUGGACCAGCAAUGGCAGCAGCAGCAGCAGCAACAGCCAGCGGAGCAACAACUAUGCCAACAAUUAUGCUGCGGCGGCAGCGGCAUCCAUGUACAUGCAACACUUCAAUCCCUACAUGCAGCAAAAGGCGGCACUGCUGGCGGAGAAGGCUGCCCAGGCGGCGGCCCAAGCAGCAGCAGCCUCAUCGGCGUCACAGGGCGGCAGUGGCAACAAUAAGCACGGACGCUUUGGAGGGGACUACGGUUAGACGGCUUUAUAGAUGGACAGAUGGAGGUGCUCGAUCGGAACUCUUGCAUAUUACACAUAAACAUAUAGGCAGAUACUAUCUAUAUACAUUAACUAUAUAUAUAGAGACAAGGCGUUACUGCCAGGAAUUGCUAAGGGAUAGAACCCAUGAUGAUAUGAUGAUUUUUCCUUUCAUUUCAUAAAACAGGAACAAGCAACAGCAACAACAAGGUAACCGGAAAGCAACAACAAUAAUUUAUAACACAAAACAAAAUGGCAACAAAAAAAUGCAAAACAAAAAAAAACAAAACAAAAAACAUAAAACAAAAAACUUAAAUUGAAUUAGUAAAAAUUUGUUAUUGGUAGUUUGUUAAAAAAAUCCGAAGAGAAAAAGAUGAAAAAAAAAACAUAAAAAACAUAAACAAAAAAUAUUGUAGAGACAAAAGCGGAAGUCAAAAAAUGGAUGAAAAAAAACCUAAUUAUUGUAUUAUUGUUAACCAAAAUCUAUUAUUAUUAUUAUUAUUAUCUCAAGCUGCGUUAUAUUAUUAUUAUUAUUAUGAACUCGUGUAUGGUCUGUACAUAGCGUUUUUAUCUAGAUGUAUUACACUUAGUGGAGUCCCCCCCCGUGCCCCUAUCCACAAACCAAACCUCAAUCUUGCAUCUCCCUCCUUCCCCAGUCGCAGCGCUAAAAGGCAAAACAGCAAUUUUUGUAUUCAUUCCGAAAUGUUCUACUACUUCUACUUAUAUUUUUCUUUUUUUGUGUUUAUACUAGUUAUUAUUAUGCUUAUUAUUUAUGAAAAAACAAACGAUGGAAUGGAAUGGAAUGGAAAAAACAAACCCCUUAAAAUGUGCAAUCUAACAUUUAUGUUUUUAGGCAAAAACGGAAACAAUACAAUAC